AUGGGGCUGGACGAUAACGCCUGGUGCGCAUAUCACAGGUGUAGAGGUCACUCCACAGAAAAAUGCUUCCGCUUAAGAGAUUUAAUCGAAGAGCUGAUAAAAAGCGGACACCUUCGCAAAUUCAUUGACGACGCCGCCCAAGGGCGGGUUGUCGUGCCAAAAGUCCCCCGACAGGAGCCACGAGACCCUCCUGGGCCAAAUAGAGUGCCUCCCAAGGGGAGAAUCUCCGUGAAUACAAUAGCGGGAGGAUUCUCAGGCGGGGGCGAAUCAAGCUCAGCAAGGAAAAGGUAUGUACGCCGAGCCAUCUCGGAAAUAUACCUCGUAAGUCAACCCCAGCCAUUAGACGUACCAGAUUUGGCGUUCACUGCAAAGGAUGGUAUGGAGGUAGCACCUCAUGACGAUGAUCCAUUAGUGAUACAAGUCCAAAUUUUGAACUGUGACGUAAAAAGGGUAUUGAUAGACUCAGGGAGUUCAGCGGACAUUAUGUACUGGGAAGCUUUCAAGGCCAUGCAAUUGGCAGAAGAGCAACUGCAGCCAUACUCCGGAACCCUGGUUGGGUUCUCUGGCGAACAAGUGGAUGUAAUGGGCUAUGCCUCUCUUCUUACCACGUUUGGAGAAGGCAGCAACGCCAAAACUAUCAAGGUGCGAUACCUGGUAGUUAAAACUCCUUUUACCUCCUAUAAUAUUAUUAUAGGAAGGCCCGCCUUUAACACAUUAGGGGCGGCCAUGUCCACUCUAUACCUAGCAAUAAAAUACCCCCUUGAGAAUGGGGGAGUAGGAACAGUAAGGGGCGAUCAGAUUCUCGCCAAGAAAUGCUAUGAGUCCAGCUUAAAGAUACGACACCGAACUUCCAGUGCAAGCGGAAAAUUCGAAAGAAAACAAGCCGCAAUUCCAGGCGGCAUAAACAUCAUAGAGAGCGCAGAUAUGGAUCCGAGGGAGGAAUUUCAAGAUCGAAGGAUAUGCCAGGGAUAG